GCAGCCGAGAAGCACAGGGGCAGCACAGGGGCAGCACAGAGGCUGAUUGCCUCAUCAUCAAACCAUGGAUGGUAAUGUGUUCCUAGAUAACAUCAGCGAUGGAAUGGAGCGUGCAUUCGCCUACCACUCGUCCUUCCGCAACCCCGCCCUGACCGGCUCGCUGCUCGCCAACACGGCCGUCUUCGUGGCGUGGCGGCUGGGCGCCAGGCGGCGCAUGCCGCACAUCAUCAACUCCCUCUCUCGCCACUUUAUCUGCUCGCCAGAGGCACUCAAGAAUGGCCGGUACCACACGCUGGUGACCUGCGGCUUCAGCCACAUCACCCUCCCACACUUCCUCGUCAAUGCAUGGGCCCUGGAUCUGUUCGGUACCGUGAAUGAGAAACACGCAUACAUGCAGAAAAAUGUGUGUGCAUCUGUGUCUGUCCGCAGGUCGUUCGGUGGCUUCUGAUUUGUCCACGCGCGACUUUCUGGCGCUGUACGGCCUGUCGAGUGCGGCAGCGGCACUGGUGCAGGUGAGAACGUCCGGGAUGCCCGUGGCAGGCGCCUCGGGCAUGGUCAUGGCCCUGUCGAUGGUCGUGGCGUGUCUGCGGCCGCGUGAGUCCUACAUCGUGAUAUUCCCCCUACCAGCACUCUCCCUGACGGCCCUGCAGCUGUCAGACCUGUCAGUGGGCAUCAAUCUGCUGAUGCACUACUACACGAGGUGGCGCCUGGGGGGUGGCGGAUAUCGCGUGGGUGGGCGGGGUGGCAUGCAGGCCUUCGUGACGAUAGCGUGGGCGGGUCACCUGGCUGGCUGCAUGAGUGGGUUGGGCUUCGUCUACUGGAAGCGCCUGGUCGAGGGAAGCAACAAAUACUUCGACUGGAUCAACCUCCACCAACAAUUCUUCUGGUACGUGGAUAUAUACACCGACAUAUCAACGGCAAGCCGGGAGAGUCGUCCAUACGUGGGUGUGUGCACGUCUGCGUGUGUGUGUGUGUGUUUAGGUAUGACUGGCGUGUGUCGUUUCUCAACUUCGGGUCCUCGUGUCGCCAGUUCCUUUUGAGGUGUCAGCUGCGGCAGGAGACGCUCAGCAAGGCCGAGAGGCGGCUGCUGGAGGGGGAACUGGACAGACUCAAGACGGAACAAGCACUCCGGAGAAGACUGCAGGGGGCGGAUGGUGGCGUACCGAGGACGAUGGGCGGCGGGGGGUGGUUCGGAUAGAGAAGGGAGGGAGGGGUGUGUACAGAUGGGUGGGUGGAUUGAUUAAUGUCGGUCUGUCUCGCGUGUUGUUUAUCGUGACUGACGGAAUGAGGAGUGAAGGCAUUCAUUCAUGUACAACGGCACGUGCAACCAUCAGAUCAAGUCCUUGUGAGUGCG